AUGGCGAACGCAUUUGUUGGCUCAGAGAUCGGCGCACUGAAAGUGGUGAAUUUUUUGAACGACACCUUCCAAAACGCUAACCAUGCUGAGCGGUUGAAUACGGAAAAGAAAAUCGAGUGCAUGUGUUGGAGAAACGACGACCAGACGAGUUUGUUGUGUUGCUUGGCGAAUCGUCAAGUGAAGGUGUACGACUGUGCAAAAGGGACAUACGAGACGCUGUUCACGUGUGAAGGCGGAUCCGGUGAAAUUAAUGGCGUCGGCCUACUGAAUAAAGACAUUGUGACAUGCGUUACUUCCGGUGAAUUGAAAGUAUUCAGUUCCGAUGGCGUGGAAAAGCUUUGUACCAUGGUUGGAGAGAACAUAAAUCGAAUGCGCCUGAAUCCUAAGAUCCCAAACAUGGUGGCGACGGGCGGUAGAGAAAACGAUUUGAAAGUUCGCGAUUUAAAUAAUCCGCAGAAGCCGAUCUUCAUUGCCAAAAACGUUCCGCAUGAUGAACUGAAUCUGAGAAUUCCGGUGUGGAUAAGAGACCUGCGUUUUGUCGAUGACAAUGUAGUGGCAACGUGCACCGCCCAUUACCAGAUCCGCGGCUAUGACCUGAGAAGUGGACGGCGACGGCCGUUUGUCGACAUCAAGUUUGGCGACCAUCCGAUCACCGCUAUCGCUUGCUGGAAAGAUAGGCAUAAUUACUUUUCAUAUUUAUUGCCUUUUGUGCAGCUUUCUAACGACGGCUUAUGUGCCGGGGAACUUGGCCUUUUUGACCUAAAAACGGGAAGAUUAGUUUGUACAUACAAAGGGUUUGCCGGUGGAAUCAGGUGUGUCGAAUGUCACGAAACAGAGCCUUGCGUAGCGACUUGUGGGUUGGACAGGUUUGUGAGACUGCAUCAUGUUCAAACGAGGAAAAUGCUCAACAAGAUAUACUGCAAAAGUCGUCUUACCUCCAUGCUACUUUCGCGCACCAGCAUCUUGACUUCACCUGACGAUUUGCUUUCCGUUAAGUCUGAACCGGAGUCUGAUGACGAUAGUGACUCAUCGCAAGAGGGACGCACAAAUGAACACAGAAAAAGAAUGAAAGCUUAG